GCCGCGGUGCCCUCCCCGUUCCGCCGCCUAUGAGUUCGGCUUGACAAGGGAACCGCGAGGUGGCAGAUAGCGAUAUUACGUAUCUGAACGAGGGUUCCGCACGAGCUCAGAUGGGGCGGGGUGGGGCACGACACCUGGCGGGCUGCUGGGAUCGUGCUCACGAUCGAGCCCCUGCUGCCCGCCCGCGCGCCGCCGUGGGAGGUGGCCGCCUGCCCACACGUCACAUUCUCCCUGGACAUCGGAGCGUUGCGGCGGGACGCCCCACCUGACGAACUGCACCAGGCGGCGCAGAGACACCUAGCGUCCCUCCCCCAGCAAGCCAUCUGGGUUUGGACGGAUGGGUCGGCGGAUGCGGGAGUCCGCAGCGGAGGAGCAGGAGCCUUUGUGGAGUGGCCGGACGGUGCAACCGACGAGCAACGCGUCCCUGCCGGUCAACUCUGCUCGAGCUUCAGGGCGGAGAUGGUCACACUCCGCGCGGCCCUGAACCACCUGCGCGACCACCACCAGCCGAGCGCGCCGAUCACCAUCUGCUCGGAUUCGCAGUCGGCCCUCGCGACGCUGAGAGAGGGCCCGGCGUCCCAGAAGACCCUGCUAGGAGCCGCCAUCUGGACCGAACUAGCGGCCCUGGCCGGUCCGUCCCGCCGGAUCCACCUACAGUGGGUGCCGUCCCAUUGCGGCGUCGACGAAAACGAGCGCGCCGACCAGAUCGCCAAGGAGGCGACCGCGCUCCCCCAGACUGGCCCGCGACCGCACCAUCGCCGCCUGGCCGGAGGGCUGGUACCGGACCCUGAUGGAGAACCGGCUGCCGCCGCCGGCCGCGACGGGGGACAGAUCGUCGGCCGUCGACGUCCAUCAGCUCCGUGCGGGCCACUGGUCAGGAUCCCGCCAAUACCUUCACCGGAUUGGACGGAACCCUUCCGACGAUUGCCGCCAGUGCCCUGACACCGACUGUGCGGCGGGCCGGUGCACCGUGUGCCGGGAGGAGGCCACACGCCCCGGCACUUCUUCUUCCGGUGCCCGGCCCUCAUGGGCUGGCGUCUCCGGAUGUACGGAACGAUUUUCCUGAACCCGAAAGACGUCCGCGACGACGGAGAGGUGGCGGCCCUGGCGGCCGCCGUGAGGGACCUCCAGAGCCGCACGGCUACACCG